CUAUAUGUAAUUUUAUCAAAACGUAUAAUAAUAAACAAGACUGAGCGCACAAGCCAAGUCACUUCACCCGUUUAAGUGCACAUAAACAUGUUUUGUAGCGUACAAGUAAAUCGCACGUGUUGCUUGCUCAAAAUAAGGUGUGACGUCAUUUCAUUUUCAUUUUAUUUUGUUAAAACUAACAUUUUGGGUUCCAUUCAUGUGAACAGAACAAUUUCAUUAUUAACUAUUGGCCCUAGUUUUCAACUUCGGUUGCAUUUACAGCAAUGAUGAUGUCAGUGAUAAAAUAUUUAGAAUUAUGGGUAAACAUGCUUUUAUUUAUUUCAUUACUUUUUCGUAAACCGUAUUUGGCGCCAUGAAAUAGAAUCACGCAACUUUUAUACGAGCGCCCCCUGUUGGCCAGGUAAUACGUACCACCUUACGUUAUCAGUAUGGCGACUGUGCGUGUUUUGUGAUCAGCACCAGGUGUAGAGUAUACAGAUAAAAAAUGGCAAAACGUUACCAGCCAGAUAUUGUUGGGGACGAUGAAUUAGCCUAUGAUAACGAGCUCCAGCCUCAUCUGGGUCGAUUGCAGUUUGAUAACGAAGGAUUCACCCCAUUUGAUUUCAACGACCCAGAAUCUACUGAUAAUAUUCCACAGUCUGUCAAGGAAAAUGUAGGGUCAGAGGUCAAAAUAGAUCAAGAUCAAGGUCAGACAGUCACACCUACCACUCAACAAAAUGGUGGCACUAUCAAUGAACCAUCAGUGACAAUUUUGACACCUAAUCAAAACGGGAAUGCUCAAUCUGAAAAUACUCCAGUCCACUUUAACAGGUCUUCAGAAUCAACUAUAAAAUCAAAAUCAAGUGAACCUAGAGUAAAUGGAGGACAUGGUAAAGACCACCGUGUGAUCCAAACAGCCAGUCUCCAGGAAGCACAGAGGUGGAGGGAUUUGGAGCGCCAGCGUCCCCUGCGACAGCGCCACAUCUUGUUGUUAAAAGUCUUCGGAAUUAUUGCUUGCGUUUUCUUCUUUCCAACGGGUAUACCUGCUGUGUACUAUGCUUUUAAAACUGAAAAAGAAUUUGAUGAGGGGAUUAUGCGAGGAAACAUAGACGAAGCACAGAGAUGUGCAAGAAAGUCAGAAAGAUUCAUAAUAUUUUCUGGGCUUCUGGCCAUUCUGACAGCUGUGAUAGUUUUUGCUGUGGUAGAACGAUCGUUGAUGGACGAACAGGCUUACUGGGACAGUCACAGUUCCAGUCGUGUGCUACCUCCAUAGAAUACUGGAGACAAUCACCUGAUGAUAAAAUAGGGUAUACCUACAUGUGUUUUUAAAAAGUUAUGCUUCAGGUUCUUUAAAAACUUUCACAUAGGAUAAGAAUUUGCUGAAGUAAGAAAAAAAUUGCUUAAAUUAUGGAAUCUUUGAGACACUGGCUAAUUCACCCAAGAGAAACUUGUCAAAAUGGUAAUUUUUCUUCAUAACUUAGUAAUAUAUUUCAGAAACUAGAAAAAAAGUAAUGAGCAUGCCAUUCUCUUUAAACUUUAGCUCACAAGGUAUGAGGUUAACUUUUGAAGCUAUUAGCAUAAUUUAUUUGUGUGACCUUAAAAGUUGUUGUUAUUUUAGGUCACAGAUGUUAAGUGUACUCGGAACUUCUUUUUAACCACUUUAAUGCCUGGAUUUAAUGGUAUUUGGCAUGUUAAUGAUCUUUCGUUGUUUUAACCAUGUGGGUAAAAUGCUACAAGAGUCCUAAGAGCUUGUAUUGAAGACUAUUUUAGUGGUGUUGGAAAACUCUGUUUAAUGCUGAAAUGAUACUUAUUGAUUGUCAGGGGUAUAUUUUGUACAAUAUGCAUAUGUAUUCAAUCGGACAUUUACAAACGAGAAGAGCAAUGCAGGCCCAAUGGGCCUUUUAUAAAGUUUUUAUAUUGUAAAAUUGAAUUUUGAUUUAUUAAUGCAAAAUUUGAAUUAUUCAUGUUCAACAGUUGAUAUAAAACUCUCUAAAUAUUAUUUUUGUACAAGAGUCUAAAAGACUAGAAAAACCUAUGAUUUAAUAUUUUUUUUAAUAAAUUUCCAUCGUAAUUAUUAACUGACUGCCGUCCAACCUGUUAAUAUUUGAUCUAAUUUAAGCUUGUGGAUUUGGAGAGGAGUAGGUAUUCUCAAAAACUCUUAAAAU